UCUCCUGGUAUUUCCCAACCCAGAGCUGGCAACGUUAGUCCUGGGACAUCUAAAUCCCAAACAAAGGCAACAGUUCUGAAGCCCUGCCACAUAGCAGCGUCCCCCAAUACUUCUGAACCCGCAACGUGCAACUGCGUUUGACGGCUUUGGGUAUCCAGACUAAUCUUUCGCAACAGGGUUUCUUUUCCCGAGAAACUCAUCCCUCCAUUGUUGUCUCCACCCCUCCUUUCUGUAUUGGUUUGGAAGCGUCCAACCGGCAGGCAGGCAACGUCAGCCAAUGAGGGGCGAGCUAUGGAAUUUAAAAUCACGUAGCAAACGGUGUAGCCUUUGAAAUGUGAGCCUUCUUUUUAUUCUCCAAGUACAGGUGGCUAACAGGAUUUUAUUGGUUUGUUUUGACCUGUCGUUGCUGCGGUGUUGUGACGAACUAGCAGUUUCCUUGUGCCGGUUUUCCUACUUUAGCGAUAGACUAGUGGUGGUAGGCCUUUGAUAAGGAUGGCAACCCCUAUCUUCAUGGACAAAGAAAAUGGUAACAUUGGCGCUGCUGCUGCUUCAAAGACUCGACUAAGACUGCUGUCAGGAUCUUCAAAGACUUUUGUUGAAAAAUCUAACCCGAAGACUCCACUUGCUGGAAGGACAGCUAAUGUAAAUUUAGCAACUACCUGUUCCAUCAAGAAGGCCCUUGGAAAUGUGAACAGGACUGUAACAUCCAAAAAGCAUCAAAUCCCGAGAGGAAAGAAGUUCCUAUCUGUAAAAAAGGUUGCUGAGAGUACAAGUAGAGUUGAAGGGUGCAGUGUGACCACUGAAGACUGUCCAGAAAAGGAGAAUUUCUUUCCCUAUGAUCCUUUAGACUUUGAGAAUUUUGAGGUUCCUGAGGAGCACAGACUGAGCCAUAAAUCACUGACUGGUGUUCCUCUUAUGACAUUUGAAAAUGCAUCUGAGAGGUUUCAAAGCGUGAUCUUCUUGACUGGACAACCAUCUUCAAUUUCUUGGGACUUUGACACUCUUCAGUCAACUACAGAUUUCCUACCUACUUUGGAUGAAAUAGUAAUUGACUUGCCCCCUCCUCUGUAACAUAUGCAGACUGUAAUUUAAGCUGUAUUCUGAGUAUAUUUUAUUUGUGGCAAUAAUAAAGAAUUUGUGUUCUGUAUACCACAA